AUGGUUGACAAAAUAAAUAAUUACAUGCUUAACCUCAUUCCUGGAGAAGAAGCAUUGUUUCCCAGCUCUGAUUCAAUAGCCAAUGCGAACGGCAGUGGGAGCUACACAAAUACCGAGUAUCCAAUUGAGUUUCUCAACACAAUAAAACCGGACGGCCUUCCAAAUCAUGCAUUGAAGCUUAAAGUGGGAGUUCCGGUUCUUUUGUUAAGGAACAUUGAUCAACGAGCAGGAUUGUGCAACGGGACAAGAUUGGUUAUUAGACGAUUGGGAAGAUGGAGUAUCCAAGUAGAAAUUCUUACAGGGACGAAUGUUGGCGACCAAGUUUUCUUGCCGCGGAGGCAGUAUCCUAUAGUUUUGUGUUUUGUCAUGACUAUCAACAAGAGUCAAGGUCAAUCCUUAGAGCAUGUAGGAUUAUGCCUUCAACAUCAGGUGUUCUGUCAUGGUCAGCUCUACGUUGCCAUCUCUAGAGUCACAAGUAGACAAGGCCUCAAAAUACUUAGUUGUUAUGAAGAAGUACUAGAAUGGCUUACAAUGAAGAACAUAGUGUAUAGAGAGGUUCUGAAUAAUUGCUGA